CAACCACCGAUGAGCCGUAAUAACGAAAAGCCCGAGACCUUAAAGAAAUCCCCAUCCUCUCUCUCUCUCUCUCUCUCUACCUAAACCCAAUCUCUGAAGCACCAUGGCAAUGACUUUCCGGCAAUUCUUUUUCGAUAUUGCAGUACGACGCCGUUGGGGUUUAGGAUUCCGUUCACUGUGCUGCAUUGGCUCUUGAUUUUAAAGUGUUCUGAGAUCCUGCUGAGUAAUUUGGGCAGUGAAGUUUUUCUGUGGCCCAAGUGAAACCAAUGGGGGCUUCUUUACUUGUUUUGUUUUGGUAUGUUUCCAGUUAAAUGGUUCUGUGAGCAAAAAAAAAUAAAAAAAGACGAACCCUUUCGACGCUAGGGUUUUGCAAGAGAUGGAAGGGGGCUUAGGAUCUGGCCAUGGGAAACCUGAGGAAGAUAAGGUUUUGCCAAGCCAAGACACUGAGGAAAAUAAAGGGGAUGAUUUGAAGCAAAAGGGUUUUGAUUUGAAUGAUGAGCCGUUAGUUUCUUCUCUGAAAGAGGUUGACAUUGAGAAAAAGGAGGAGAUUGAAGAAUGUAGGGGAGAUGGCGAGGUGGGUAAUCAAAAAGUUGGUGAACUGAAUGAGAAUGAGAGGAAAAAGAGUAGGGUGGAGGAUGGUGAAGGUAAUAAAGAAGAUGAUAGCGUGAAGAAAAAGUUCAAGGGGGAAGGUUUAGAAGGCAAAGUGCAGUUUUCUCGGAGGGUUUUGCGGUCAAGGUUUGCAGUGAAAAAUGGGAGUGAGAAGGACAGUAAUAAGGGUGAGAGUGGAGGCAACAAAACUGGAGAUAGCAAUGGUUGUGAGAAGAAAACAGUUGAGGUGGUUAAGGAAGAGAAUGAUCACUCUCACGGUGAGGCAAAGGAAGCAAAGAGAAAUCCUGGGAGGAGACCCGGGAUGAAGUGCAGUGAUGGGGAUGAAAGGAAAGCUGUUAGUGUAGAUAGGGGACUGAGCAAUCACUCUGAUGGCGGUAAAGUGGGGAAGAAGGCAAAGCGCAAGCGUGGGAGACCUCCCAAGUUUCACAGAGAUAAUGGGUUUGAGAAUAAGGCAGUUGAGCUGCAAGUGGGAGAGAGUGAUCACUUAGAUGGUGAAAUGAGGAAGGAGUUUAAGCAUAAGCGUGGGAGACCACCCAAGGUGCCUGGGAAAGGUGGGUUUGAGAAGAAAACUGUUGAGAUGGAAGCACGAGAGAAUGAUCACUUAGAUGGUGAAGUGAGGAAGGAGCUUAAGCAUAAGCGUGGGAGACCACCCAAGGUGCUGGGGAAUGGUGGGUUUGACAAGAAAGCAGUUAAGAUGGAAGCAGGAGAGAAUGAUCACUUUGGUGGUGAUGUGAGUAAGCAGUCAAAGCGUAAGCGUGGGAGACCGCCAAAGGUGCAGGUGAAUGGUGGGUUUGAGAAGACGGUGGUUAAGGUGGGAGCAGGAGAGAGUGAUCAGUCUGAUGGUGAGGGGAGUAAGGAGUCAAAGCAUAAACGUGGCAGACCAACCAAGGUGCAGAGGGAUCAGGGGAUUGAGAAGAAGGCAGUCGAGGUCAAAGCAAGAGAGAGUUAUCAUUCUGAUGUUGAGACAAGGAAGGAGGCAAAGUAUAAGCAUGGAGGACCACCCAUGAUGCACAGCAACAAUGGGUUUGAGAUGAAAGUUGUUGAGGUGAAAACGGGAGAGGGUGAUCAUUUUGAUUGUGAGUUAAGGAAGGAGGUGAAGAAUAAGCGUGGGAGACCACCCAAAGUACGGAGUGGUGAUGGGUUAGAGAAGAAAUGGGUUGAGUUGGACAGGGAAGGGAGUGAUCACAAUAAUGGCAAGUUAAGGAAAGGCGUCAUCCGUAAGCGUGGAAGACCACCCAAGCUGCAGGUUGGUGAUGAGGCUUUGGAGGGGAAGCUUAUUGAUGGGAGAAAAAAGUUGGGUGGGUUAAGAAGGGGCAGAAAGAAGUCGAGUGGGAGUUUGACGUUUAAUGUGCCAGCUAAUACUUCAUAUUCAGAGAAGAGAUUAAUUGGGAAAGAAUCAAAUAUGAAGAGGUAUGUAUCUGCUAAUAAGGUAAGGUUUGAGUAUGUGGAAAAGAAUGAAAGCAAGGCUUCGCUGAUGUUGAGACCUAAGGUUGUGAUGAAAAGUAAGGAAAUGAGGGUGGAGAAAGCAGGGGAUUCUAAACAGAGGGAUGAAGUGGAACAGAGAAGGUCAGACGCAAAACGGGCUGUGAGAGAUCGAAUAGUCAAGCUGCUGAAAGCGGCAGGUUGGACAAUUGAUUACAGGCCUAGGAGUAAUAGACAGUACAAUGAUGCAGUGUAUGUUAAUCCUGAAGGAAAGACUCACUGGUCAGUUACCUUGGCUUACAGGAUGCUCAAAAAGUAUUAUGAGAGUGAUGAUAGUCUCUCUGAGGUUAGUCCCAAUGGUUUCAUAUUUACUCCAAUUCCAGAAGAGGAUCUUAGCAUCCUAACGAGAGUAGUGCGGAAGAAAAGGCUAGGCAAAAAGAAGCCAAAAUCAGAAGAUGAUGAUAUGUUGGAUGAUGGAAAAGGUGAAAGGAAAAUGUAUAAACGAAAAAAUAAAUGGAAGGGCAAUGGGGACAAGGAGCAUUUAAAGAGAAAGAAAAGGCAGAAGCUGCUGAAAGAGAAAUUUUUGCUUCAUGAAGAGGAUAAUUCAGAUGGUACAUUACAAAAGGCAACACAAGCAUCAGGCAAGAAGAGUAAGUUUCAGCAGACACAAAAAAAAGGUCAGUAUGCUUUGUUGGUCCGCAACUCAAUGGGUGGAGCUGAAUCUGACAAUGAUGGCUAUGUACUAUAUGAUGGAAAGCGAACUGUGCUUGCUUGGAUGAUUGAUUUGGGUACUGUGCCACAGGAUGGGAAGGUGGAAUAUUUGAUCCAAAGAAGAACACGUACAACUCGUGAGGGUAAGUCUGGUAGGAUAACAAGGGAUGGCAUCCAAUGCAACUGUUGUAGUGUUGUCUUCACUGUUGCAGAAUUUGAGACUCAUGCAGGGAGCAAACUCCAUCAGCCUUUUCUGAAUAUAUGUUUAGAAACCGGAACUCCCCUCCUGCAAUGCUUGUUAGAUGCAUGGAACAAACUGCAGCAGUCUAAUUGUAAGGGCUUCCAUUAUGUAGAUUUUGGUGGUGAAGACCCAAAUGAUGAUACCUGUGGUAUCUGUGGGGAUGGUGGUGACUUGAUCUGUUGUGAUAGUUGCCCGUCAACAUUCCAUCAAAGCUGCUUAGAUAUUAAAGCAUUCCCGUCAGGUAACUGGCACUGUGUCUACUGUGCAUGCAAAUAUUGUGGGAUGGUUGGAAAUGCGUUACAAAGGGACAAAGAUGAGGAGAUAGAUCCUGCAGUACUUACAUGCCAUUUAUGUGAAGAAAAAUAUCAUCAACCAUGUAUUCAGACAAUGGAUGCUUUAGAUGAUGAGUCUAGUGGUGUAUCCUUUUGUGGGAAGAAAUGCAAAGAGUUGUUUGAUAGACUUCAGACGCUAAUUGGGGUUAAACAUCAAAUGCCAGAAGGCUUCUCAUGGACUCUUCUUCACCGUUUUGAUAUCAGUGCAGAUGUUUGUCUGAAUCAAGCAUAUCGGGAGGUUGAAUCAAAUUCUAAGCUAGCUGUCGCAUUAUCUGUGAUGGAUGAGUGCUUUUUGCCUCUUGUUGACCACAGAAGUGGGAUCAAUCUGAUUCAUAAUAUUGUCUAUAAUUUUGGGUCAAACUUCACUAGGCUAAACUAUAGAGGUUUUUUCACUGCAAUUCUUGAAAGAGGUGAUGAGAUUAUCUCUGCAGCAUCCAUCAGGGUACAUGGAAACCAGUUAGCUGAGAUGCCUUUCAUUGGGACCCGUUAUGCUUAUAGGCGUCAAGGGAUGUGUCGCCGGCUUCUUUGCGCUGUUGAAUCUGCUCUCAGAUCUCUGAAUGUUGAGAAAUUGGUCAUACCAGCAAUCUCAGAACUCAGGGAAACAUGGACUUCUGUCUUUGGUUUCCAGCCACUAGAAACUGCAAGCAAGCAAAAGAUGAGGAACAUGAAUAUGCUGGCAUUCCCUGGUGUAGAUAUGUUACAGAAACUAUUGGUUAUGCAUGUUACGGAUGGCCAGAUGAUGGAUAAUGGGUCCAAUAAAUCUGGAGAGAAGUGUUCAGUUGUGUUUGAUUUGAAUGUUUCUGCUGAGAGUCCUGCACCCCAAACAGACGAGAGAUAUGGCGAAGCUGCUGCUGUUGAAUCAACGUUGCUGUAUUCUGAUGGCACCUUUAAAGAUACAUCUGAUUUAAUGGGUGAGAACAUCAAUCUUCCAGAAUCUGCUAUUGGUUGUUCAUGCAUUCCAGCAUAUGGAGAACAGAAAGUGGAUUUUGACUCUCAAUUGACCAUACCAUCUGAGGUGAAAAUUUAUGAAAGCAUUAUCAAACAGAACCUUGAUUCUAAGCAUGAGGGUUCUGUCAAACAGUCUGAUGAUAUUGUCCCUGCUGAAAAUGAAGUGUUAGGUAUUGUUCACAUGUCAAAGGUUCCAGGUCAGAGCGUUGUUACUAAUGGUUUUAAUGGUACAGGUCAGAUGUCUGACGAUGCAAAGUACACCAAGCAUCAUGAAAAUUCAAAAUUGCAGGUGGUAGGAUGUGUUUCUGAUUUUGAUAAGAUGUCCCUUCGGGCUGAAGUGAAAAAUUACCAUGCUAUUGCCAAAGAUGUGGCUAACCAAAUUUCUCCAUCAGCUCUCCCAAGUGCUCAAGAUGUUGCAAAUGGCCAUUAUGAUGCCUCAUCUAGUGACGGUAAAAGUAGUUCUACCUGUCACAGGAUUGGUGCUGGUGCAUCUGGGGAAGUAUCGGUUCCACAUGAUGUAAAUUCUCAUCCUUCUUGUGAGGUUUGUGAUGAUACCUCCAAAAAAGAAAACUUGCAGCUUUGCAUGCACAUGUCCCCAGAGGUUGUCUUAGGUGGUUCUGAGGUUGCCUUGACCAUCAUCUGUGAUCCGAAAGAAACAUCAACUGCAAUACGGUCUGAUUUCUCUGAAGGUAAUUUAACUAGUAUGGUUCAGAAGAAUAUUAAGUCUCCUACCCAAUCUCAUCAGCACCCUGUAUCCAGUUCUCAGGUUGAUCCCCCUCAUGCUGCAUCCUGUGAUUCUGAAUCUUUUUGCAUCUCUAAUUCUAGUACUGGAGUGGCCCUUUACUGUGCAUCUGGUGGGGGUGAAUCACAUGGACCUGAGGUUAUAGUUUUGUCUAACCAAGCUAGCUAAAAUCCUGUCUAUUUCCGGCGGGUUAAAUCAGGUGUCUUUCUGAUGGCAGCCACGACGUAAGUUGCUAGCCUUCUGUAAGCGCUUGGUAUUGUCAUCCAUUAAGAUAUCAGCUCAGAAUUUUUUAUGACGUGGGUUAUGGAAGAAUUAGUAUCAUUUUGAUCUGGGAUGACGAUGGCUAAAUUUAGGUUCAUACUGUUUUUUUCUUCUCUUUUGCUGUGUACAUUAUAGGCCAAUAGUAUUCUCUAGGAUAGCUUAACGCCAUUGAGGUUUUGUAUAUUUUGACCUUCCCAUGCGCUUUGUAAAUGGAAAAUUUAACAACUGAGCUAUACUAAUAGUCUUCUCUUUUGGCCUUU